UUCUGAUGCAGCAUUUGGUUAUAAUCAACUGUUUGUGGUUGCCGAAUGUUUGAGUGAUCUGUGAUUUUUUUAACUGCUCAAAAAUGACGGACGUACAAAACGUAACCAAACUAGCUAACGAUCCUUUGGACGCGAACGAGAAAGAUUUCCACGAUCGUAUCUUACAAACUUAUUUGAUUAUAGGAUACAUGGAUUACGUUACAGAAAACGUCAGGGUGAUGAUCAACUUACUAAGUGUAGCCGCAAAUGUGUUUAUCAUUGUGAUAAUGAAGAAAAGCAACAAAUUCACAUCGAAAACCGACAGAUUAAUAUUUCAUUACGCUGUAUGGCAUACAAUCUAUUCGUUCUCAUACGAUUUGAUCGAGGAUUUCUUGGGAGUAACUGGUUUAUACAUUCACGUUCCGUUUGUCGUUUAUAUGAUUUUAUUCGAAAUAGCGAAAUCGGGUCUUUAUUUGGUAUAUUUUUUCUCGUUAGGCUUAGGAAUUGAUUGGUUGCUUAAUAUCCACAAUUUUAAGUUGGGAGAAAGAUGUAGUAGAUUCAAUGAGAAUUUACUGUACGUUAUGUACGGAAUGGGGAUUUUUUUAUCUAUCAUAGUAUUUAUAUCUUUAUGGUUCAGUUAUAUCUACUGGAAAAUAAAAUCUAUUACAUCGAAAACUAUUUACUACUCGAUAUUCUUUAUAAUUUUAGUUUUGAAUAAGUUAGAACGUACUAAUGAAUCUGCUUCAAAUAAACAAUCUUAUAAUCUAACUGUGGCUAAUAUUAUCAUUUUUCCUUGGAUGCCUUUAUAUAUUUAUCAGCAAUUAUUAUCUUUCACGUACGGUCAUUUCAUUUUACAUAGUGUAGUUUUAUAUACUAUAUUUUUACCUCAAUGGAUUUGUAGUUGUAAUUCCAUUGUUAUUUUUAUGAUCUUGUUUAAUUUGAAUAAAUAUUUCGAAUUGGGGUUCUGGGGAUUGUUCAAAAGACGGGCCAAAAAUUAUGUCGUAGACACGGAAAAACUGGUUGAAAACGAAGAAGAUAAUAAUCAAGAAAGUAGAACCGUUCCAAGUGAUCAAAUCUAUUUAUGAAAGCAGUAGUGGAUUCCAAUCAAGUUAAUUUUCACGAAUUAAGAUAAAUGAUUUGCAUUGUGAAUUAUAUAAUAAAUUUUUAUAUUACC